GCUGGAAUGAUUUCGCUAUACCGCAAGAUACAAAAGAGCAAGUCUGGAGAGCAGGGGAUCAAGCAGCAGCAGCAGCAGCAGCCGCCAUGCGCACACCAGAGGAACGGAACCAGGGCGGCGACCAGCGAGAGGCCUAAUGUGCCGACAAGUGUAAAGUCGGCUCAGGGGCUCCAGCCGUCAACCCCUACCUCCGUUGCUGUGGCUGCCCCUGAUGCUGAGCCUGAGCGUCACUCGACACCACAGAGCAGCCAGAUUACAGACUCCAAGUGCGAGGCCUGCGUCGAGGAGAAAAGAGCUGCUCGCAAGUAUCGGUUCAAGCUGGUGAUCGGCUUGAUAUUUCCCUUUGCGCUACAGGCAUUGGACGUUACAAUUGUCGCAAGCGCUUUACCUUGGAUUGCCAAGGACUUCAACGAGAUAUCUCAACUCAACUGGAUUAUAUCCGCUUUCAACCUGACCUCGGCCGCAUUCAUCCCCUUUUGGGGUCAGAUGGCUGACGUCUUUGGCCGACACGCCGCCCUUCAAGCCACUGUGAUCAUCAUGAUGAUUGGAAGUGCACUUUGUACCGCCGCUCCGACCGACGCCUUCCCCAUGCUGCUCCUCGGCCGCGGCAUUCAAGGUCUGGGGUGUGCUGGUAUCUCCGUCAUUGUCCGGGUAAUCAUUGCAGACAAGGUCUCGCUCAAAGAGAACGCCAAGAACUGGUCCAUCUUCUCUUUUACCGCUGGCAUGAGCUAUGCUAUUGGCCCAGUCAUUGGGGGCUAUCUGACAACCUCCGCAUGGAGAUGGUGCUUUGCAAUCAACCUUCCCAUCUGCGUCGUGGCCGUUGCCUUGAUAUUCCUUGUCCUUCGCAAAGAUCUGCUUGGGCCCGUUGCAAUCGUGCCCCAAGACGGAGAAAAUAUUCAACAACAACAACAGCACCAACCCGAUGCGAACGAGGAGGGCCUGCAGAUGCCCCGCAACAACCAAUCAAGACUCUCUAGAUUCUAUGCUCGCCUGAUGACGGUAGAUGUCGGCGGCCAGCUGCUCUUCCUCUUCGGCUUCGGGCUGGUGGUGCUGGCCAUGACGUGGGCCGGCGCGACCUAUGCGUGGAACAGCGCUGCAGUCUUGACUCCCUUGCUGGUUGGAGUGGCCCUGGUGGUUGGUUUUAUCUUUUGGGAGAGGCUGAUGGCUCCAGCGGGUGUGCUCGCUCUCAGGUUUCCUCGUCAAAAGGCCAUGCUUCCUUGGGAUAUUCUCAAGAACAAGGACGUGGGGCUCUUGUGCUUCAUCAACUUUGCAACGGGGGCUGCCAUGUACUCUGUGCUCUACUUUUGCAGCAUCUACUUCACUAUGGUCAAGCUCUACAACUCUGGUCAGGCUGGCGUCCAGCUUCUGUACUACACUCCUGGCUUGGGAGCCGGUGUCUACCUUUCCAUGUUUCUCUGCAACAGAUACCCCCGCAACACCUUUGUCCCAACCAUGUUCGGAUCCAUAGUCGAGGCCGUCGGCAUCGGCAUGUUGGCCUGGGCUCUAUACCACGAAGACACGCCCACCAUCUAUGGAAUGAUGGCGUUGACCGGUGUGGGCACGGGUGUGAGGUUUCUAUCUGUUCAACUACACAUCAUCGGCAUCUUCCGCAACAGCAUCGCGACCGUCAUCUCACUCAUGGCGGUCACGCUCCCGUUCGGCGGAACCCUGGGCCUCACCAUCAUGACGACCGUCUUCAACAACGAGUCCGGCAUAGGCAGCGAUUCGCCCAUGCGGAACUUUGACGUCUUGCACAGCCUGCCAGAAGCCGAGAGGUCGAUCAUCACUCAGCAAGCAAAGAUGGGAGUCGUCUGGGCUUUCGUUUCCAUAGUGCCGAUUAUGAUCCUGUGUGUUGUCGCCGCGUCACUCCUCGGCAACGUGGAGAUCACCCACGGUGAGACAGACGGCGACGAACCCAACAACAAUGGAGGUGGUACCCAUGUCUUUCACGGAGUAUACCUGCUUCAUCUUCUCAGGGGGAGGAGGAGGGGGGCCUCCAACGGCCCAGAGCAGCAGACGGAGAUCAAGGCUGUGCCUUAGGGUCUGUCUUCUCUUUUUUUUUUGUGAGGACACGAGCGAGUGGGCAAAGUGUCUCAAGUUCACGACGUCAGGUGCUAGCUCAAGAGGUUGGGAGCCUGCAAUGUUAUAAACUUGUUUGAAUCAUGAUGGUAUAUGAAGACAAUCUGUAUUAAUAGGCUUAAACUAGAUCUAGGCUUGGUUUCUUUUUCCUUCUUAUCUCUCUCUCUCUCUCUCUCUCUCUCCACAAUAAAUAGCGAAGCAUAAUUGAUUUGGCCUGGAAAAGCCUCUUAUAUAUCGAGGGCCACUUCAAAUAGCUUCCACGAGUCUCUAUCGGCCCCUCAAGAAUA